GCGGCGGUUCCAGGUGAGGGAGGCUGCCGGCCGCCCCGCUGCUGCCGGCCUGACCGGCCGGCCCCUCUGUGCCCGCAGAUCCUGGGCAAGGCCUACGCCGUCCUCAGCGAGGCGGAGCAGCGCGCCCUGUACGGUGAGCAGGGCACGGUGGGCGAGGAGGGCGAGGUGCUGAGGGGCGAGCGGGACUGGCAAGAGUACUGGCGGCUGCUCUUCAGGAAGGUGAGAGCUGGGCCGGGGCCCCGCAGGGCUCGCCUGGGCGGGGGCAGGCCCUGCGGGAAGCGGGGAGCUCCCUGGCGAGCUUCGGGUAAAGCACGUGGCUUCUCUUUUUGUUUUGUUUUGAUUUGUUUUGUUUAACGCUGUCUCUGAAAUCCAUCUGGUGAAUAAAUCACGUAACUUCAGAAGUGUCACUUCUUUGCUUCAGAUCACAGUGAAAGAUAUUGCAGACUUCGAAAAGAGCUAGAAAGAUUCGGACAAAGAGCUAGCUGUUAUUAAAGCAGCAUAUGUGGAUUGUGAGGGUGACCUGGACAGAAUAAUGGAGUCUGUGUUGUGCGUGGACUAUACAGAUGAACCGAGAAUACGGAAAGUCGUAGAAAAAGCCAUUGACUGUGGAGAAGUCCCAUUCUACAAAGGUUUUGUAAGAGAGUCUAAGCAGAAAAUGAUUGUGAGGAAAAAGCGGGUAGGUUAUAUCAAUCCGGGACCAAAGGGAAGCAUAUUUUUUAUGAUAAGCUUUUAAUCUUCCUUGUUAGAAAUAAGUGGAACUGUUCUUGAGGGAAAUGUUUGCCACAGGAUUUCUGGGUUACAGAACUUGCUCUGUGUCUUUGACUUUCACAUUUGGACACCUGUGUUCUCCCCCCUUCCCCCCCCCCCCCCCCCCCAAUUGUUGUGACAGGCUUUUGAGCUGUGAUAGGCUGCUGCCAAUCUUUAUUUCUCUGUUUUAUUAUUAAUUCUUUAUUAUUAUACACAAUGGCUUAUUACAGUUUAGCAUGUCCCUGCAUUUAUUUACACAGCUAUGAGCUGCUGGAGUUCAGUGUACGUGGUAGAAAUACGUUAUGCUCGCCUUCUGGCGAGUGUGAAAUAACAUUCUGGACUAAAUGGACCUCUUCUUCAACGUAGGGUUUUUUGAACACUUUGUGGAUCUUACAUGCACAUCGCAGUAACCGUUCUCUAAGUUAAAGAAAAUGUAAUAGCUGCCAAGACAAAAAAAGUGUGGGUGGGGGGAACAGGGAUAGGCAUAGACAUCACAUUCAGCAUUGUGAAACAACAAAAAACUGUCCCGCUCUACUAAAGCCAGAAUGGUCUUUCUUUCACCAGUUUGUCAUCUGUGGCCAAAUUUGGAAACGAUUUGUGUUUCCUUGCAGCUAGUUGUAUACAGAUUAAAAAAAAAAAAAAAAAAAAAAAAGUGUUUCAUAACUAUUAUAAGACUGUGUCAAAAAACUUGCAAAAUACUUGUUAAAAAACUAGUUGGCUAUUUUCGGCAGAAAAAGAAGCUAGAGAGGCAGAAGAGACUAAAGCUGAACUGGGACUUGGUGGAGAAGAUGAUUUGAAAGCACUGAUUCGAAGCAGAAAUAAAGAUCGAAAAAAGGAAAUGGAUGACUUUUUGGACCAACUGGAAGCAAAAUACGGGAAAAAUGCUAAAAAAGGAGAAAAGACGACUGCAGCCAAGAAAGGAAAGAAAUAAAGAAUGGUGUAGGCUGAGAUACCAGGUGUUCUUUUACAAAGGAGAGCUGCACCUCAUCCCGCUGUCAGAGACCCAGGAGCAGGAACGUGACCUAUCUGCCACCACUCUGACAGUCUCGCAGGCGGUGACGCUGUUGUCCACCUGUUCAGAGGAGUUCCUGGCUGCAGAGCCCAUCCCAACAGCAGUGUAGAAGCGCAUCAGUGGGUGUGUGGGUGUUUCACUUUGGUCUUCUGCAACGGUAUCCUGAGAAAAUUCAGACCUCAUUUCACCGAGCCCACUGCUACCUUCCAGCAGGCAUUGUGGCAGUGCUGAGGCAGCGCCCUUCGUUGGUGGCUGCAGCAGUCCAGGCCUUUCACCUGCGAGAGCCUGUGGAUUUACGAGCGUGUGGCUCUUCUCAGACUUUCCCUCCAGACGAGCGUGUGGUGACCAUAGGAGAAAUGGAAGGAUCUGCUAAAUACUUGGAAGUGCUGCACAGGGCAGAAGAUUACUUCCAACAGUCUGUUACCAAGCCCGAAAGCUCUUUUGAAGUGAGCCCAGGUGAUGAAAUCUUGACACUGCUACAGACAACAACUGUUGAUUUGAAGGAAUUUGAGAGAGAAGCAGCUUGUCUUUUUCCAGAGGAUGGGGCAGACUCAGAAGAGCUGGAUUCUGAUGGUCUGGAUGAAGAGGAGGAGUUUGAUUUCUCGAACAAGGAUGAUGAAGACUUAGAUGUGGAAGAUCAAAGGCAAGACCAGAAGGUGCCGCCUAAUGAGCUUAUAGGCAGUCUCAAGUCAUACAUGAGUGAGAUGGACCGUGAACUGGCACAUACCAACGUUGGUAAAAGUUUCACCGUCCAAAAGAGAGGGGCAAGUUCUGUUAAUGCAACUACGUCUCAAAGUGCUGGCCCUGAUUCCGGAGCUGAAGAUACUGAGUUGACUGAAAUAAAAAAGGCCCAAACAAUAGGCCUCAAACCAAAGUUGACUUCUGAGUGAAUUCCACGACCAGCA